GGGGAGGAGAUACAGUGAUAGGUCCGCAUACAUACAUGUACACACUAGGGGAUGUGAACCAGAUGUUGACGACUCUACACACACACUGACUCACUGACAGCCACAAGUCUCUGGGACAACCUUUUAAAACGUUUUACUCGGCCCUCCCCAGGGUUGUACAUGUGUGUCCCUGUAGUGGAAAAAGUGUCCACAGGUCAGGUGUGGUGUCCUACAGGUGUGCUUUAGACAGGUGUGGUGGCAAUUCCACAGGUGUGUUAACGGGGAGUAUGUGACCGUGGAAGGAUACAAGAUCUGGAGGAUGAAAGGGGAAUAGAAGAAGAUGGCGACCGGGCAUACCAUUGUGUGAUGUCUCCAGUGUGUUGUAUAUAGGGGGAAAUUAUUAGGGGAGGGUUUUAACCUCAUUAAGCAUGCUGAAGCAUUUCUGUGUGAAUAUGUCUACUACCGGUGUUUCUAUCAAAACGUGGAUCUUUAAAAUGAUGUUUUGUGUGUAAUUUCUUUCAAUGCGUGGAUCUUUUUGGAAGUUUUAUCAAUCUUGGUGGUUUUAUUUUAAAAACAUUUUAUCAAAACCAGGAUCUGUAAAAGAAAUCUCAACGAGUGGAAAAUGAAAAUCAUGUGUUUGUUUAAGUGUUUUCCCGGAAUGUAGUCGUGAAUCAUUCAGUUAUAAUAUAUAUUUGUGGUGAGUUUCUCAAAGUGGUGUCUAUCUAUACUACGGAAGUUAAUGAUUGGUGGCGUGAUAUUUUUUAUCAUAUCGUGAGAGUAUGCCGCUGGGAAAAAAAUGGCGGUCCAUGGAAGUCCUCAAUUUUGGGUCCAGGGCUAUGGGGCCCCUGGAAAGUUUUCUCAAUUCAAGAAAUAAGUCUGGAUCGAGGGAAAACCUACGUGCCUCUGCGUCGCAAUCGGGUUCCCGGGAAAGCUUGAAUUUAGACCAUAAUCACAAUCGGCACCAACCGUCGCAAAGCCGAAGUCUGCGCAGCAGACUUGGUAGUCUAAGUAACAAUGUGAGGGAAGAACAGGGGUCUCCCAAACUGAAGGACACCGGGGCCGCUGGGGAUACACCAGCUGGCUACAUACAGCGCUGUAUCAUCAUACAGCGUGAUGAGAAGGGAUAUGGCUUUACAGUAAGGGGAGACAACCCUGUAUAUGUGGAGGUCGUCAAGCUCGAUGGGGCUGCGGCCAAAGCAGGAGUUCAGCAAGGGGACCGUAUUAUCAAGGUCAAUGGUACUCUUGUGACGAACUCUAACCACCUGGAAGUAGUCAAACUCAUUAAAGCGGGAUCCUUUGUGGCCUUGACCUUGCUGAACAAACCCGCGGGUGGGGUUAAUCUCCGAGGCCCGUCCAAGGAAAUUGUCUCGGCCCCUCAGUCUGUCAAUGCCCAUAAAAGCUGGGAGUUGAAGCAGUCCAAGGUGCUGGAAUUACAUAAAUACUAUGAGCUUGCAGUAGAAGAACUAGAGAAAUUUAAGAAGGGAUACCAAAAGUGCCCGACAGAGAAGUCCCACGCACAACUGUUAGAGAAGGAAAAAACUGUAAAGACUUUGAGGGACCAAGUGGAAGUGAUAGCCUCCACGCUACCAGCCGAAUAUAGUUUGCCGUUAUCCCUGGGCGAGACUUCGUCACCUGAUACAGGUUCAGGAGAGGCCACACCAUGGCUGAAAGGUGGGCCCAAACAUAUGAAAACAGGGUCCACGCCGGUUGCAGUUUACGCCAGUGAGGAGCUGCCAGCCGAUACCCGAGCUGGGGUUUCGCGGUCCCAGUCCGACGCAGGAUCUCGGAACCGAGAUCCAGUUAUUCUAAAGACUGGGUCGCGCCCAGGUGUCAGCCCUGAGCGAGUUAUGGCGAGUACCAAACGACGGAUGUUUAAUAAGAUAAAGAAGUCUUCGUCGUUGCCCAGCAGUGCAGUUGAUGGUGGUAGUUUCUCCGACUCACCGUCGCACAGUCCAAACGCGUCGCCCACACCAACACAUCCCGCCAACUCCCGCCUCGUAGAGGAGACCACAAAUGUAGAUGAUCCAACUGUGAACCCCAGCAAAGCUGACCGACCUCAGCAGUUUAUCAUAGCCAUGGAGGACGAUGAGUUCCAAUCCGAUGAGGAACAUGCACAGCUGUCGUUGGAGAGGAAGACCUCCCAACCUGUUGUGUCCUCAUUCCUCGCCCGACUACAGACUCUCGAGACAGACGAUCACGGUCCAUUUAACAGUCUACGACAGUUGGACAACAAGCCAGCCCACACAGCCAUCUUCCUCAACUUCCUCCUGGUGGAGAACCAUGACCCUUCUGCUUUUUUAUUCUAUGUAACGGUCAGUUUGUAUAAUACUGCCAAGGGCGGCCUCCAGGACUGGAAGAAAUGGGCAUAUGAAAUUUACUCUACGUUUCUAGUCGAAGGAGCCCCCCUGAGACUAAACAUUAACGAGGAGAUUGGAUUAGGAGUGAAAGUAGUCCUGGAGAGAUUGGAACAAGAAGAAGGCAUGAAAGCCCUCUUCCUCACCGCGCACCAGGCAGUUGUCGACGAAAUCGAGUCACAACUCACUAUGUUUAGACAAAAGAAAGACAUGGGUAUGGGUAACAUGUUUGGUGCUCACGAAGUGAGAGACAGCAUGAAGAAACGAGAGGAAAUGGAAGUAAUAGAAAAAUACCUGUUAAGACACCUGGAAAAGACGUUGACGCAAACUGAUACGGAUAUUAAGAAUGACCGAGAGCAGGCUGUGUGCUGGGCGCUAUCAACAUUCCUCCGCUACGUGGGCUACAACAAACAUAAUUCCAGUCUAGACAAGGUGCCCAGCUUCGUCUGUCGGGACAGGAAAGGCAUCCGCCACUCCAGUAAACCUACUAAACGGCCACAUAGAGGCCAUAACUUUGAGCCGACCCAUUACAUCAAGGUAGAGACGUGUAUGUAUUGUAAAACUGUGAUAUGGGGCGUCGGCUACCAGGGCUACUUGUGUAAAAAUUGUGAACAAAAUAUACAUACACGGUGUAUAGAACGAUUAGAAGACAACUGUAAAAAGAAAGAUAAAGAUAAUAAGAGACCGCUAUCUAAUAUAUUCAAAGGAAAAGGUGACAUACGAAAAAGUGUUUUGCCAGAGAUAGUCCUCUCAGGCCAAACAAUAAAGGAGACUGAAAUUUCGGGCAGCCCAGGGCCGCAGGUCACCACUAGCUUUGAAAUACAGCCAGUCAAGGAUGAGGAUGACCCUGAUCUGCAUAAAAUCCGAAGUGAUCCCCACUCAGUGAGCAAGCUGGUGAACCAGUUUGACCAGCUAGUACCCUCACCCUCAGACAAACGCCGGCCACAGAACCAGCUGUCCGAGCCAGAAAUGCACAGGAAAGGUACAGAUUUAGGGCGAUCGGAAAGUCUGAAAGGCCGGGCUGACGGCCGGGGAGAUCGACCAACCCGUGACCGACAACGUGCAAAAAGCGACCUAGAUAUGGACGACGCCAUUAAGGCUCUACACAACAACUCUGGCAGUUCAUCAACAUCAAGUCUUUCAAAUAGGAGUGUUGACAGCCCGAGUAAUUCGCUGGAUGCGGUCAACAACAUCCCACAGUCCCUUCAGGACGAUGACUCGGACUAUGAUGUAGAACAAGAGCUGCCCACUCUGAAGUCAGUCCUUCCUGAGGAUGUGUAUCGUCGACUCAAACCCAAGGAACGCAAGCGACAGGACGUAAUUAACGAAUUAGUUUAUACUGAAAAACGCCAUGUACGGAACUUAAAGAUAAUGGAGAGUUUAUUUCAAAAGCCUAUGGUCCAGGACCCUAAUAUCUCAGAGGAAUUUACCAAGCUGCUGUUCCCAAACUUGGACUAUAUGAUCCAGCUCCACUGUGCAUUGAAUAAUGAUUUAAAGGCAAAAAGGAGAGAAAACAAGGUUAUUGAUGAAGUCAGUGAAGUGUUAUUAAAAAGGUUUGACAAUGAAGAAGGGGAAGCAUUCCGUAAAAAUUGUGCCAUAUUUUGUCGAAACCAGCAACAUGCGCUGGACAUGCUCAGGUCAAAACAAAAGAAAGAUGCACGGAUAUCAACGUUUUUAGGGGAGGCUGAGAGCAGUAACCUAAUGCGUCGGCUGCAGCUAAAGGAUCUCAUCCCCACACAGAUGAUGAGGCUGACCAAGUAUCCCCUACUAAUAGAAAGUCUCAAGAAACACACACUCUUGGGGUCCGAGGAACACACAAAGCUGGAGCGGGCACUCCAGUGCAGCAAGCACAUCCUGGAGUAUGUAAAUCAGGCCGUCCAGGACUACGAGAACAUCUACAGACUGGAACAGCUACAACGGCGUAUGGAGAGGAAAAUCCUCACCGAUUACAUGGCGGAAGAACUCAAGACCCUGGACCUUCGAGCUCACAAGCUGGUGCAUGAGGGCCCGCUCACCUGGAACAUGAACCAGCGGAAGAGUCUGGACGUUCAUGUAAUUCUCCUAGAGGACCUCUUCGUACUCUUACAGAAACAAGACGACAAGCUUGUCCUCAAGUGUCAGAGCACACAACUGGUGGCAGGGAAGGAGGAUGGCUACAAAUACAUGUUCGCUCCCGUCCUCAAACUCAACAACAUCCUCCACACCAACAGCAAAGCUACAGAUAAGAAGGCAUUCUUUGUGGUGUCCAAGUCACAGAUCUACGAGCUGUCGGCUCACACGGCCGAUGAACAACGCAAGUGGUGUAAGUACAUUAAGGAUGCAGCUGAUGCCUUCAAAGAUAAGCACAUCAAGGCGACGGUGACUGAUGUGGCCAACGCGCAGCCGGAGGUUAUCAGUCAAGAGCGUGACACACUACGGGUAGAAAACCGAAGGACGAGCGGUUCGAGUACAGGUGGUGAGUUCAUGGCAGAGCAGGUUGAACUGUCGGAGGAACCUGGUCUCAUUCAACCUGAAGAUAUGGUCAUUAAGGAUGCUGUCACAUCUAAAGCCUCACCAGUCCUCACUCCGCUAGACAAGCUUCGAGUGCUGGACACCGACAUCAUGGAGAAGAUGAAGGACCGCCGAGCCCUGCUUAAGGAGAUACUUAAACUUCACGAGAUGGACAGUACACUGCGAAUGCAGUUGAAUACAGAUACUGAUCAACCAAUAAACGACCUUCUACUGGACAUGGCCCAGGAGUCGGAGGACUGUAUCAAUAUGUUAAACAGUGCUGAAUCUGGUCUAGCCAAGGAGGACCUGUCCAUGCCAAUACCCAUGGAUAAACUGAGGGAGAUGGCCAACAGGAUGAACCAGAUCCUCACCAACCUGCUGGAAAAGACGAGGGCGUACUCUGCCCUGACUGCGGGACAACCCGCUUCCUCCUCCUCCUCCUCCUCAGCGGUGGUCAACAACCGUGACGAUGAGCGAGAACGACUGCGACAUGAAUUAAAGGCUGCGCAGGAUGAGCUGAACAUGCUGCGGGAAAUCCAGCGACGCGUGUCGUCCUCGUCGCCCACUGAUGUCACGCUUAACAGACCCCACAGUAUUAUCUCGGUGGCCUCGACUGUAUCAGAUGCUGCAGAAGAUGGAACACUCACACAAGUAGACUCUACUGAUACUGACACAGAAGUAACCAAGGAGGAAUUAGUUGAGCUUCAAAAUGUGGAACCAGUCAAUGCCAUGGAGAUGGACUUCCCUGAGGCUGACAGUGUUUCCACGGCAACAGAACUGCCACAGGAGAUGGUGGACAUCAUGGCAGACAACUUGGUGGUAGCGGAGCCACCCGAUUAUGAGGCAGUUGAUGACCGGGACCCACCAGCUCUGACAGAGGAGGAGAUUCUUCCUUCUGGUGACAGCCAGGAUGGGGCAGUACAUCGAGUGGUCGAAGUAGUUGCGGAGGAGAUCACGGAGAUCGUGGAAGACCUGAUUCAGGAACUUCCUGUGGUGGAGAGUAACGGUGAUGUGACAGAUGGUCGCCGUGAUAGUCUAGAAGACUAUGAGGACGCUAGUGACCGCCUCGAUACAGAGGGUGGUGCAGGACGGGAAAGUGGACUGGAGGAGGACAUGGUAGUGAGCUCCGAUAGGGGAGAUAACCUCACUGAGAGUAGUGAGAAAGGAGAUAAUCUAACGGAAAGUGAUGUAGAGAUGCGUGAUGUGGAGGGGGAGGAGGUGGAGAAACGGGACACUGAGAGGGAAUGUAAUAGUGACACUGACAAUAAAACGACACAAAGUGACCAUAUUCUCUCCACCACGGAUCAUACUGUUGUCGACAACCGGCAGCUCAUAGACAGUUCGUGUGUACUGGACAACAAGCCUGACCUCGACCGUCUGACGGUGGAAGGUGGCGCCGCCCUGGAGGAAAUGACUGUAGAUAUCUAGUGACCUGUAUAAUCCAUAUCUCACAUGUCGUAGACGAUGUGUUCACGGGUCUGGCUGUACCAGCUUCACAGGUGUGGCCAUAGCUUAGUUAAUACAGGUGUGGUCACUGGUCACUUUGUACAGGUGUGGUCACUGGUCACUGGUCACUUUGUACAGGUGUGGUCACUGGUCACUGGUCACUUUGUACAGGUGUGGUCACUGCACCUGGUAUCUCUGUCUGGUGUAAAGAAGUUCUACAAGUAAGGCUUGUGCAUUGAACAUGUAUAACUUAUACAGGUCAUAGUACAGAUAGUACCCAGGUGUACCCAGGUUUACCCAGAGAUCAGAUGUACCUUCUGUGGGUGUCGUAGUUCUGAGUGUACACAAAUAUGCCCAGUGUAUGCAGUCGCUCCUAGGAACUGGUUGUACAAUGGAAAAUGGAGUGCCACCUGUAGGUACCUUACCUUACAAUGCCACAUGGUGUACCCACUGCUUAGGUACACAUCCUGUAGGUAACCCGGGGUACUGUUUACAAUGCCACAUGGUGUACCCACUGCUUAGGUACACCUCCUGUAGGUAACCCGGGGCACUGUUUACAAUGCCACAUUAGUUAUCCAAGGGUACUAUUUAUGAUUCCACAUAUUGUAUCCAGGGGAGCUGUUUACGCUGCCACAUUGUACCCAGGGAAGUUGUUGACCACCUGUACAAGCUUUACGUACCAAUGCCCGUGGUAUAUGCAGCCAUGUUGUGUAUCUCCUGUACGAGCUGUGAUGUCCCAGGGACACGGUUUAUCCGGUGUACAAGUCAGCCUUGUACGUUGUUUUAGUCAGUGUGCUGUUAUAGCUAUUAGUCGUCAUACAGGAAUUUUUAAUGCAAUAUUCUUCCGUGUAUAACUAUAGAAUGUGAUACAUACACUGUGGGAUGAGUUUUAUCGAUCGUGACCAGCUUCUAAUGGACAUCUCUACCGAUGAAUAUUCAUGAUGCCGUGAAAUGUUCCAAUCACAAGUGUCUACCAGCCUUUGUUUAUGCAAAUCUUGCGGAGUUAAACAUCAUUGUGUUGAGUAUGUUUACUGAAAUCUCCUACUUCUUGUCAUGUUGGAGAUACCUUUAGUUUUUUCAGAAUGAGGCUAAUGUUAACUCAGAAUGAGGCUAAUAUUAACUCAGAGCGAAGCUACAUACAUGGUCUUUUAACCCAUUUAUUCCAAAAGUCACAUUUAAACCAUACCAAAUCAAAGACUGGGCAAGUCCAUUUUAAAAAUGUAGGGUGAAUGGGUUAAGAAUGAGGCUUAUGUUAACUUAAAGUGAGGCUUCAGACAUCCCAGAAUGAGGCUUAGAUAAGGUGAGCAAUUUGUUUGGGAAGCAAGUGUUCUAAAUAAGGGAGUUGUUAGGAUGAAGGCGUUCCUUGUAGUAGGUGUGGCGUAAAGGAGAAAGGUGGUUACAGAAGAGUGGUGUCUGUCGGAAAGUGGUCAUGGUCGAACAUUUCCAUUAAGUGUGUGGCUAGUAUAUAUGUUUUAAAUGUUAUCAGCUGUUCAUUUAUAUUCUAACUUAUGCAUUUGUUUCCCCUAUCUUCUGUUUUAAAUCAUUCUCUAAUGCUAGUGACCAUGUUUAUCCGUGAUAGUAAGUAAGGGUUGUGAGCAUGGAGUGAGAGAAAGACAGAGCAAGACAGAGGGAGAAAGACGGAAGAAUGGAGUGCAGCAUAAAUUAUAUGUUUAAUGUCAUUUUAAGCGAUGCAUUGUCACAAUUGUUCUAUUUGAGGGAUUUUUUUUCUGUAUUUUAAGUCAUUUAAUAGUAAAAUGUCUGUCCUCUACAAGAUGAACUGUGCUGAAUUAAUAUACAUUUGUUGUACAGUCUGUACAGCGUCUCUCUAUAUCUGUACAGUGUAUAUAACUAGUUACAUUGCCUGUGUACAAUACGUCUUCUUCCAACACCCAUCUGACCCGACUAAUUUACGGAUGUGUGUCGACUUAUGUUACUUGACAGGUAUGUUUCUACGAAUAGCACACAGCUGACGUGUUAAUGUAAAUGCUGUGCAUCUACGAUAUCACAACCCUCGUACGACAACUUGACAAAGAUGUGUCUACAAAUACCUGAUAUACUGUUCUAUAAAUAGAUCGCCCUUCCAGUGCUAAACAAAUCUCAUUUGUCUGUAAAUUACCUGUUAGACGGAGUGUGAGUCAGUUUUGAAGAUUUAAGUCUGAACUAUAUAUCGGAUGCGUUGAAGCUGUGCUUAUGUGACAUAUAUUGUGUCUUAAACGACGUGUUGUUUCUCCAGCGAAAUUUUGUACCGGCGACUGUACUAAGCUGUAAUCAGGAAAACCUUAAGAACAGUCUAUCACUGAUGACUUUACGGUCUUCAACAUAUGCUGGUUUACCUCAUUCACCCCUGAUGACACAUUUAAACUCUUCCAACCUUGGAAUAGUUCAUUAUGAAAUUUCAGGGGUGAAUAAGUUAAUAUCAUUCUUGAGAUAUACACAACUUGCUGAUUUCAAUGAGAACUGUUAUUUGACUGAUUCAGGUUUUUAUGUAGAAAUUCCUAGGCUUGUGUUCUUUUCUGUUCCUGCAGCGUGAGCGUACACACACACAUACACAGAUUUCAUACCGGUCAGGACUUGUGUUCUCUGGUCAAACUCUUCCACACACACAACAUUCUAGUAUCAAUUGUCCAAUUAACCCUUUCACCACUGUAGACCAUAAUGGACUCAUCCAUAUCAAUACAUGGUAGAGUCUACUAAAGUUACAUAGGGGUUAAAGGGUUAAGCUUUCCUUUUCAGCUUCCCAACCCAUAUAUGACAGUAACUGGUGGCCCCACAAAAGUUUCACACACACAUUUUAAGCCAAAACAAUGUUAUUCACUCACCAGAAAAUACCCUGCAUGUGCAUAAGAAUGACUAAAUCGUUCUAUAGCACAGAUCACAGAGACUUUAAAUUCAAGUAACAGCAAACAAAAGCAACAGUAAAGUUAUGCACUUUCCCCAAUCCCCUUUAAAAAAAUGAUUAAAACCUAAUGCACACACACAUAUCACAGCCCCCACAAAUCCAGGCCAGUAUACUGCGGUUAACAGAGGCUGUGUGGCCCGUACUGAUGUGUACAGAGGAUGCCAAGCCAGUACCACCAGUACUGGUUUGGGCAGAGACAGUCUGGCCAAUACUGGUGUUGCAACUCCCGCUGAGGGCACAGUCUUGUCUGGCCAGUACACUGGUGUGAGCGGAUGCUUAUGACAGGCCAGUACUUAUGUCGUAGGUGGCUGCCUAGCUAGUACUGGUGUGAGCGGACGCUGCCAGGCUAGUACCAAUGUCGUAGGUGGCUGCCUAGCUAGUACUGGCGUGAGCGGACGCUGACAGGCUAGUACCAAUGUCGUAGGUGGCUGCCUGGCUAGUACUGGUGUGAGAGGACGCUGACAGGCCAGUACUAAUGUCGUAGGUGGCUGCCUAGCCAGUACUGGUGUGGGCAGAGGCUGCCUGGCCAGUAGUAGUGUUGGUGGAAGCUGUUGGCCACAUUACCGGUGUCCGUGGAGACUGCCUGGCAUGUACCAGUGUUAGUGGGGUCCUUCUGGCCAGUACCAAUGUCUGUGGAGACUGCUUGGCAUGUACCAGUGUUGGUGGGGUCCUUCUGGCCAGUACCAAUGUCUGUGGAGACUGCCUGGCAUGUACCAGUGUUAGUGGGGUCCUUCUGGCCAGUACCAAUGUCUGUGGAGACUGCCUGGCCUGUACCAGUGUUGGUGGGGUCCUGCUGGUCAGUACUGGUUCAAUUUGGGCGGAGGUUGUUUAGUUAUCCCUGUGUUGUAUAUAUAUUAUAUAUAUUGUGUAUGUAGUAAGUGCUUGUGCCCUACGUGGCUCCUUCCUGUUGUAUAUAGAACUAUUAUAGUGUAUCUACUGUAAUUUAAACUCUUCUGAAUGCAUUCAGGAACUUGUUGGAUAUUUUGCAAACUAGAGAAGAAAGAAUGAGCAUGUUUAUAAACAAGCUUGCUUCUGUCAUUCUGUAACUUAAUCAUGAAUGGCUGCAAUCAUGGAAAAGUAUUCUAAUAAAAGUUAAAAACUA